GAGUCAGUGUUUGGGCUGCUGUGAAGAGCGUAGCGUUAUCGCACAGUUCGCUAACUCAGUUAACGUUACAUAGAAAUAUGUCGAUUUUUUUAACACAGUAAAAUAUAACAGUGGAGGUUUAUUAGUUUGUCAAUGUUGCCGGUUGAGUUUAGUAUUUUUUUUCAGGGCAUUUUUAGUACCGUUAGUUGAGUUAUUAAUCACGUUUCCGUGACUUUUAUCUUAUAUCGUCAGGCUAAAGGAGUGUAAACAGUUUCUGUGUGAAAAAUGUCUGGAUUUCAGGGGAUUUCUGCUCUGUGUGAAAAUCCCAACGAGGUGUUUCUGGAUGUGUCGAAAUUACUGUUAACUUAUGCGGACAAUAUUCUCAGGAAUCCGAAUGAGGAAAAAUACAGAUCAAUCCGUUUAGGAAACCCAACCUUCUCCACCAAACUUCUCCCUAUAAAUGGAGCAGUCGAAUGCCUGUUUGAAAUGGGCUUUGAGGAGGCCGAGACUCACCUGGUGUUUCCCAAGUCAGCGUCUGUGGAUCAGCUGAGGCGUGUCCGAGAGACCAUUGCUGCUGAGAGGAACCAGAGGCUUGGGUCCGACCCAAAUACAACGAGCUCUCAGAAUACCAGCAGCUGCUCUACCUCAUCUUCUCCUGCUGCUUCUACUCCUGCUCAGACACCAGCACCUCAAUCCACUACUCAACCGUCUACACAACCGUCUACACAACCGUCUACUCAACCGUCUACACAACCGUCUACACAACCGUCUACACAACCACCUACACAGCAGCAGUCUUUGCUGAGCAGUAUGACUUUCCUGAGGACUCUGCAGUCAAACUUCCAGCAUGUGCUGUUGUACGAGAGCGCUGACAUGCAGCAGAAAGCUCUGAACUGUAUACCACGGGAAGAUCUGUGCUCCAGAGCUAAAGAACGACUGGAACAGGCCAGGAAAGCUGAUCCAGAUUGCAGUCUUGCUGAAGAGGACAUGCUGGUGCUGGAGCUGCUGCAGUGGUUUAAAGGAGACUUUUUCUCCUGGGUGAACAGCCUGCCGUGCAGCCGGUGUGGAGGGAACACCCAGUCCGCUGGCUCUCUGCAGCCGUCAGCGGAUGACCUGCGCUGGGAUGCUAACCGUGUUGAGAAUCACUACUGUAAUACCUGCCACCUCACCACCAGAUUCCCAAGGUACAAUAAUCCUGAGAAGCUGCUGGAGACCAGAAGAGGGCGAUGUGGAGAAUGGGCUAAUUGUUUCACACUGUGCUGCAGAGCCUUGGGCCUGGAGGCCAGGUACAUCUGGGACUGCACAGAUCACGUGUGGACGGAGGUGUACUCUCACUCUCAGCAGCGCUGGCUGCACUGUGAUCCCUGUGAGAAUACCUGUGAUAAACCGCUGCUGUAUGAAAUCGGCUGGGGGAAGAAGCUUUCCUACAUCUUUGCUUUUUCCAAGGAUCAGGUGAUAGAUGUGACAUGGAGAUACUCGUGUAAACACCAGGAAGUCAUCUCCAGACGUACUCAGGUUCAGGAGACGUGGCUGCUGCACACUAUUAAUGGACUAAAUGCAGUGAGGCAGCAGGCUCUGAGUGCGGACAGGAAGAAGGAGCUGCUGGAGAGGUUGGUGGUGGAGCUGGUGGAGUUCAUCUCACCUAAGAGCCCCAAACCAGGAGAGCUCGGAGGACGCAUCUCUGGAUCCCUGGCCUGGAGGGCUGCCCGAGGAGAGACCGGUGCUGAUGGUACUAAAGAGAAAGCCGCAGGGUUUGUGUUUAUCCCCACUGAGACAGAGAAGCGCGUGAAGUUGUUCCACCUGCAGUACAACAUAACAAAAGACUGUUACUGUCGAGUGAGCAAUGACCAGGAGAAGAUCCCAGGUUGGGAGAAGUGUGUGUGGAGCAAUGAGUCUGUUUUCAGGAAAGAGGAGCAUGACUGGCAGAUAGUCUAUCUCUCACGGACAGAGGGAACUUCAUUAGGAAAGCUGUGCUGGAGAUUUGUGUGUGCGCCUGUUGGGAUGAAGAUCAAGAGCGUCUCAAUCAGAGCCAUCAGUCAGACGUUCCACUCUGGCACAGUCCGCUGGAGCCUGCGCUCUGCUCAGACUUCUGUAGAGUUCCCUGGAGAUGGCAAAAUGCACUCAGUGGCAGGCCUGUCCGGAUCCACAGAACUGGUUGUAGAAGCAGAGCUGAGCGGAGGGGAUGGAGACGCAGGGUGGCAGCAUGCUCAGUUAUUCAGACAGAAUAUGAAGGAAACAGAGACUUCUUCAUUUGAGAUUAUUGUGGAAAUGGAGGAUGCUUGAUGAGAGAUUUAUAAGAAUAGUUUUCUCUUCAGAAGUGAGAAUGAAAAUGUUUUAGUUUGUGAGUGAGAGAUGAGAUGUGUCCUCACUUUUUAUUUUCCUCCAAUGACUCUCUGUGGAUGUGUCAUUAAUGCAGGGGUGGAAAUAGUACAGUAUAUUUAUUUUUAUUUGUUAUCACAUAAUUUUUUUUUUAUCUAAAACGUUUUAAGAAAGAAGAGAAUCUUUUAAUAUGUUACUAAAUGAUGGUUAUGACUAGAAUUGACUUGAAUUCUCACUGUAACAGUUGUUUUUAAUCUGCAUGUGUUGUAACUGUUUUAUUACAGCGUUAUUUAAAACUUUUAAUUUUUGAGUUCUGUAAGGAAUAUUUUAUUUAUGAGACAUGAUUUGUUGAUAUUUUAAUUGCUGUUUUAUGAAAGAUGUGCCCAGUGUUAUUUGGUAAGUUAAGAAAAAAAACAGCAUACACCCUUAUGCAAAUGUUUAGGCACCUCUAGACGCAUAACAUAUCUGUCUGAGUAUAGUUAAAUAUACGGUGGCCGAGAAAGCCCAACGCAGUGCAAAUUGAAAAGCGCUGCAAAAGCACAAAACACAUCCAUCAAAAUUACAACACAGGCGCAGCAACUAGAAAAACGCGCAGCAAAUAGAAAAACGCGCUGCAAAUAGAACCACAACACAACGGAAUUUUCCCGGGGGACCUUAAAAGAUACUGUACCAGCUAAGCUGCGUCUUCAGUAACGUCUCGGACUUCACUAUGUGUACAAAGGACAAUAAGUGGCAAACAAGGCGUUUUGUGAAGCAGAACUUUUAAUAAUAUGCACACAACCGUGGUAAUCACAGGUAAUAAACAUAACUUACUUUUCAGAAGCUUGUUUGCCACUUAUUGUCCUUUGUAUACAGCUGGUACAGCAUCUUUUAAGGUCCCCCGGGAAAAUUCUGUUGUGUUGUGACUCACUUCCGUUGUGUUGUGGUUCUAUUUGCAGCGCGUUUUUCUUUUUGCUGCGCCUGUGUUGUAAUUUUGAUGGAUGUGUUUUGUGCUUUUGCAGCGCUUUUCAAUUUGCACUGCGCUGGGCUUUCUCGGCCACCGUAUAAAUAUCAUUGUUUAAAGAAAACACAAUUCUGCAUCUGCACAUUCUAAAUCAUAAUUACUGUUUAUUUGCUACUUUUAGCUUCUUUUUUGAAAAGACAAAACAAAAACAUAAUGUUUCACUAAAUGUCACAUGUGUAAAAGUAGUAAUUUUAUUUUGUCUUUUUUGUAUUAUAGUAUACUAAAUUCUAUAAAUAAACAAACUGUGGUCUAAAAUGUUUAAAUGUUUAUAUUUCUUUUUACAUUUACGUUCACGUCCUACAGAGGCAUUGUCUGUCCCUCUCAUUUUAACAAAACAAUUCAACAAAAUUUGCCUUUUUUUGUUUGUUUGUUUUUUUAAACAUGGGUGUCCAAAAAAUUUGCACAAGUCUGUGUAUGCGUGUGUGUGGAUUUCUUUUUGUGCUUAUUUGCAUCUGGAGAAAAUCUAAAAAAUAAUAAAGCAAGCCCAAACGGAAAGAUAAUCGAAUGUAAGUUUAAAUUAAGUGUAAAAUAGCUAAAAAGGGUAAAUAGUUUUAAGUCUGGGAAGAAAAUAAAAUUGUGUUUUUAAAUAUG